AAAGUGAGAACACUUUCUUCUUCUGUAAAGUCUCAUUCUCGGAGGGAGGCUGUGUGUGACAGACUGAUACAAGUGGGUCCUCUGAGAAAUCCAGUUGUAGUCCCACAUGAGAUGGAGGCUCAGACAGUCACGUGGUUGGUUUUUCUGGUCCUAAUAAAACCAACAAAUGUUUCUACAAGUGACCCUGGAAUUACCGUUAAAUACCCGCCAACUGAACCUAAACUGUCUAUGAGUUCUGAGGUCACAGAAGGUCAGACCAUCACCAUCAGCUGCACUGCUGAAAGUUUCCCACAGUCAACUCUCACCUUGAUCAGGACCGACCCAUAUGAUCAGACUUUAAUAAUCACUGAAACUUAUCAUUAUUCACGACCAAUCAACUCUCUCUCCCACGAGUUUACUGUGACUUCAGUCGACGCUGGCUGGUACGUCUGCCGUGCCCUGAACACUGAGGGCGUAAAGGACAGCAAGCAGAAGAAGUUGGUGGUGAAAUACAGUCCCAAACAUGUGACAUUUCAAGCCAAUCCUGGUCUUGAUGUGGUUGAAAAUGUGUCGUUGACCCUGAGCUGUUCCGUUGAGUCCAACCCACCAGUGAGCUCUGUCACCUGGAGGAAGACGACUGAUGGGAGAGAGGAAAUCAUCCAACAGACUCAGACUCAGACCUUCACGGUGAAUUCAGCCGGUCCCUCUGACAGUGGACUGUACAGCUGUGAAGCCACCAAUGACAUUGGAAGUGGAAAGUCACAGCCAGCUGAGGUUAAAGUCAGAUUUUCUCCAAAACACACACACAUCACGGAGUCAGCAGAGAAUCAGGAGCUUGACGGGAGGAGCUCCGUGAUGCUGAGCUGCUUCAGUCACAGCUUUCCCCCAGUCCAACACUACUCAUGGUACAGGAAGAGUCAGGACGAGGGAAAGGAUGAACUUGUGUCCGAGCAUCAAAACCACACAGUGUACUCAAACCAGCCAGGAGUUUACUACUGCAUCGCACAAAAUGAAGCAGGUCACAGUUUGUCUGAUCCCGUCCGUCUGUUUGAACACCGGCUAACUGAACCUAUACUGUCUAUGAGGUCUGAGGUCACAGAAGGUCAGACUAUCACCGUCAGCUGCACUGCUGAAAGUUUCCCACAGUCAACUCUCACCUUGAUCAGGACCAACACACAUCAUGAGACUUUAAUAAUCAAGGAAACUUAUCAUUAUUCACGACCCAUCAACUCUCUCUCCCACGAGUUUACUGUGACUUCAGUCGACGCUGGCUGGUACGUCUGCCGUGCCCUGAACACUGAGGGCGUAAAGGACAGCAAGCCGAAGGAGUUGGUGGUGAAAUUUUCUCCAAAACACACACACAUCACGGAGUCAGCAGAGAAUCAGGAGCUUGACGGGAGGAGCUCCGUGAUGCUGAGCUGCUUCAGUCACAGCUUUCCCCCAGUCCAACACUACUCAUGGUACAGGAAGAGUCAGGGAGAGGAGAGGAUGGAAAUUGUGUCAAAGCAUCAAAACCACACAGUGUACUCAAACCAGCCAGGAGUUUACUACUGCACCGCACAAAAUGAAGCAGGUCACAGUUUGUCUGAUCCCGUCCGUCUGUUUGAACACCGGCUAACUGAACCUAUACUGUCUAUGAGGUCUGAGGUCACAGAAGGUCAGACCAUCACCGUCAGCUGCACUGCUGAAAGUUUCCCACAGUCAACUCUCACCUUGAUCAGGACCAACACACAUCAUGAGACUUUAAUAAUCAAGGAAACUUAUCAUUAUUCACGACCCAUCAACUCUCUCUCCCACGAGUUUACUGUGACUUCAGUCGACGCUGGCUGGUACGUCUGCCGUGCCCUGAACACUGAGGGCGUAAAGGACAGCAAGCCGAAGGAGUUGGUGGUGAAAUUUUCUCCAAAACACACACACAUCACGGAGUCAGCAGAGAAUCAGGAGCUUGACGGGAGGAGCUCCGUGAUGCUGAGCUGCUUCAGUCACAGCUUUCCCCCAGUCCAACACUACUCAUGGUACAGGAAGAGUCAGGGAGAGGAGAGGAUGGAAAUUGUGUCAAAGCAUCAAAACCACACAGUGUACUCAAACCAGCCAGGAGUUUACUACUGCACCGCACAAAAUGAAGCAGGUCACAGUUUGUCUGAUCCCGUCCGUCUGUUUGAACACCGGCUAACUGAACCUAUACUGUCUAUGAGGUCUGAGGUCACAGAAGGUCAGACCAUCACCGUCAGCUGCACUGCUGAAAGUUUCCCACAGUCAACUCUCAUCUUGAUCAGGACCAACACACAUCAUCAGACUUUAAUAAUCACUGAAACUUAUCAUUAUUCACGACCCAUCAACUCUCUCUCCCACGAGUUUACUGUGACUUCAGCCGACGCUGGCUGGUACGUCUGCCGUGCCCUGAACACUGAGGGCGUAAAGGACAGCAAGCAGAAGGAGUUGGUGGUGAAAUAAUGAACCAGAGAGCCUGCAGAACUAUGAUGACGUUGGUAAUGCACCUGCACGUGCACCAACAUCUUCAAAUCUAUUUGACGACCACACCAGUGAAGGUGAAGUGGAGCUUGACUAUCCACAGGU